UGGUUCACUGCAGGGGCUCAGUAAGAAAGCCGAUGGGGGACCGUGCGGGGAUCGUGGUGGCUGCCUGGCUGCAGCUGCUGCUCGCUCUACCGAUGCUCACACCGGCGCAGCAAGUCACAGUGUCCUCCAGGAAGGAAGCUCUCAACGCCAAUGGGAACUGCAUGUCUAAAAUCCUCUACAACAUUAACGGCACCAGCAACAUGAAUUACUGGUGUGUGACCAUGCCCCAGAUGUGUUGCUACUGCAGGGCCGGGUUUUUUUGGACCAAGGCGGUUUGUCGACAGGUGGGAGCCUGCGACUCUUGGACUGACGCGUCCUCGUCCUCCUGCACGUGCAUCUUUGGGAUACCGCCGGCAGAGAUUGAGUGCAUGCCCAAGCGAAAUCCCCGGCCACUGUGGACCACCGCCAACCUCACUGACACCACUUGGGUCAUGAACAAAGCAAUAACAACCGUCAGGUCAACUCAAGCAAGCAGUUCCCUCAAUCUCCAAGACCUCAAGACAUUCCAUAUGACACUGACAGUAGAAGAAGUCUUCAACUCUGCGUUGAAUGACCCCAACUCGAUGGCCCACAAGAGCAUGUCGGACAAACUCCUACCCAGUCUAUCCAGAUCCUAUCAGAAUAUUGGAUCCCGUUUCGUUAAAGCUGCGAUCACAAACUUUGAGUCUGGCAGUGUCCUGGCAUUCGUGGAGGUCAGUGGCUACAAUCUCACCGCCACGGAGGUCAUCACCAUGACCUCCGUUGCCAUCGAUGCUCUGAUUGCGUCUGCAAUACGAGUCAGCCGAUCCUUCAACGUCAACGGUACGGCCACUGACGGUACCACUGAGAGGCUUAAAUACAUCUUCAAUCAAUCCAAGGAAUUGCAGAACGAGUCAAAAGAAACGGUGCAGAAGGCCGUGCCCAUCCUGCUGUGGGAGCUCACCGCUCAGACCAGCAGCGCACAGCUCACUCCGUACAGAGUUCACGCUGCCAGCGCUGCUCUGGGGCAGAUUGCUCUGGCGGCCAAGGACAAGAGGAUCACCUUCCAGCACCAGGUGGCCGCGGACUUUCUGGAAACGUCGAGCAAUCUCCUGAAUAGAAGCAACGCGCACUUGUGGAGGACACUCCAGGAGAGGAACAAGUCGAACAGCGCGGAUCUCCUCAAGAGCAUCGAGAUCUUCAUGUCGAGGAUUAACACCACCAGUGGAUUGGGCAUGGCCACACGUGGCAACGACGAAUGGACCUUCAACAUCACGAGUGCCAACAUCCUGCUGGAGGGCACGGUCUAUGGAAACAGCACCCAGGGCGCCUACUCCAAGACGUUUUUGAAUGCCGCCGAUGCAACGUCCGUGACGAUCGAUAGCCAGCAACUUUCGAAUGUCGUCAAUGGCGACUUAUACAUCGUCAACAUCCUCUUCACGACCCUGGCAGGAAUCCUGCCGCUUCGACUCGCCCCAGAGCUGAGCGACGGGAGCGGUGCGAAUGGCGUGAACUACGCAGUCGGAAGCUACGUCCUCAGCACCAUUGUGAACUGUGCGAAGAGUGGUGCAUGUGUCACGGACAUUAGGUUCCACUUCCCAGUCACGGAACCCAAAGUUGCCCAAAGUAACAACUUUAAAUGCACCUUCUGGGACACACAGUUUAACAAUGGGCGGGGCGGCUGGUCCGACUUCGGCUGCCAGCUGACAUCAUCCCCCCCGGCUCCCACUAUCGGCGCCGGGGGCACGCCCCUUGUGGACGGACGCUUCGUCUCCUGCCGGUGCAACCACACCACCUCCUUCUCCAUCCUCGUCUCUCGCGACACCAUCGACGACCCCACCCUGUCAGCCAUUUCCGGCGCUGGCAUCGCAGUGUCAAUCGCCUCCCUGCUGGCCGCCCUUGCUGUGGAGGCGGCCACCUGGCGCUCGGCGGGCCGCCACAAGAACUCGCGCGUGCGCCACCUCGUCCUCGUCAACUUGUGCUGCUCGCUCCUUUUCGCCAACGUGUGGUUCGUGGCCGCCGCGUCCCCGGCUGCCAUCAGCAACCCAGCGCUGUGCGCCACCAUCGCCUUCCUGGUGCACCUCGGCUACCUGUCGCUUUUCUUCUGGAUGCUCUGCGAGGGCCUCUUCCUCCUCUACCUCGUCGUCAUCAUCUACGACCGCAUGACAGAGCGCCAAAUCUGGGCGCUCGCCUUCGCCCUGGGCUAUGGCCUGCCGGCCGCGAUUGCCGUCAUCACGAUCGUGGUGACUCACCCACGGGGGGCGUACUUGCGCGGGGGCGCCUGCUGGCUCGACUGGAAGCGCAGCCGGGCACUGCUUGCCUUCGUCGUGCCAGCGUUCGUUAUCUGCUGCGUGAACCUCGCGGUCCUCGCCAUGGUGGUCAAGAAGGUGGCGUGCCGUAGUGGCGCCGCCAUGGGGGCGGCCAUGUCGGGUAAGCCGGCGGUGAGGGUGAAGCAGGUGGUGCGCAGCGUAGCCGUGCUCACUCCGCUGCUCGGAGUGACAUGGGGCCUCGGGAUCUUUGCGUUCAGCGCCGGGGGCAGAGGCAGCCUCGCCCUACACUACCUGUUUGCCAUCCUCAACUCGCUGCAGGGUCUCUUCAUCUUGCUGUUUGACUGCCUCUUCGACAAAGAGAUCCAAAAGGAGCUGAGGAAGAAGCUUGGACUAUGCAAAGACGAGCCGGUGAUCAGCAGCAGCGGGCUGGUUGGAAUUGGAGUGGUUCAACAACAGUCUCACUCUACUGAUAGCACAGACCAGGAGAUGAAGAGAGUUGCCUGGAAGCAACCAUCCACAAAGUGCUCCGUCAAGGUCACGGACUUCUCUUCCUCCGAUUGACACAUCCUGACCAGCGACGUGUGAGCGGCCAGAGAGGUAGAGAUGGUGGCGGCGAUGAGGGUAAAAUCGGGAGGAAUACGGUGAUCACUGAACCAUCAUGAUUGUCAUCAACAGCCAGGAGCAAUCGACUGCUGGAUGAAAGUACGAAUAGGAAGGCCUUCCAAUGCGAUAAUCCGCCCAGUACCUCUGCACGUGAUUUAAUCCUCCUUCCCCCACCUCCUCCUCCCACCUUCCCAAUUCUCCACUCACCUCCCCCUUCCUUCGCCUCCUAACCCUUCCUCCCCCCUCUUCCUCAUGCCAUCUCCUCCUCCCUCGUCCUCAGUCUUCAUUGUCGUGUCUCCUGUCCAACCUAUAACGGUCUUUCCCCAAUAUUCCCCACAGGCCACUGCUUCUGGUGUUUGCAUUCUCCAAAUCUUGGGCACUGCAUUGUGGUUUCUGCAGGGCAUCUCAGGGGAUGAUCCAUGGUUUGCUCUAUCCUGGCAAGCAUAUUGGUUGGUUUUGAUUUCACGAGGGAGUUACAUCUGCCGAAACCCACUCUCAUAGAAGAGCAGUGAUGGCACUGCUGCUGCUACUGCUGUUACUGCUGCUGUGUCUGCAGUGGUUUGAUGUUUCGGGAAACGACCCUUUUUUAAUAGUCGCAGACACAGGUCACUCGCACACACUUGCUCACUCACUCUGUCACUGACCCAAACACUUACUAAGUGACUAACUUGGUCACUCAUACACCCACUGAUUCACUCGGUUCACUCUGACACUCACCCACUGGUUCACUUACUCACUCACACACU